UUUCCCCUGCCUCCUAUAAAAGCGCAGAGCUCUCCCUCCUUUGCAGUCAGUUCUCCUCCGGCCCGGCAAACAUGAGUUACACGGUGGACCACCACUACAUGGGCCCGAGCUCGUACCGCAAGGCUCGGACCGCAUCCGCGUCCUCCAGCGGCUUCCACUCCCAGCAGCGCCGGCGUCCCGCCUACAGCCAGCCGUCCUCCAUCGAAAGCCUGGAGACCUUCAACGGCGACAUGACGCGCAGGAGCGAGAAGGAGAUCCUGCAGGCUCUCAACGACCGAUUCGCCGGCUACAUCGACAAGGUGCGCAACCUGGAGAUGCACAACCGCAACCUGGAGGCGGAAGCGGCGGCGCUGCGCCAGAGCCAGGCCGGGCGCAUCUCCGUCGGGGAGCACUACGAGCGGGAGCUGAACGACCUCAGGGAUCUCCUGCAGCAGCUGACCGGGGAGAAGACCCGCGCCGCCCUGGAGCACGAACACCUGGAGGAAGACAUCCAGCAGCUGCAGGUCAGGCUGGAGGACGAGGCGCGCAACCGGGAGGAGCUGGAGGCUGCCGCCCGCGCCAUGAAGAAGUACGUGGAGGAGUGCCGGCUGACGCGGCAGGAGCUGGACAAGAAGCUCCGCGCCCUGGAGGAGGAGGCGGCUUUCCUCAAGAAGAACCACGAGGAGGAGGUGGCGGAGCUCCUGGCGCAGAUUCAGGGCGCACAGGUGAGCUUCGACCUGAGGGACACGCUCAAGGCGGACGUCACCAGCGCGCUGCGAGAGAUCCGCUCCCAGCUGGACAGCCACGCGUCAAACAGCGCGGUGCAAGCAGAGGAGUGGUUCAAAGUGCGCAUGGAGCGCCUGUCCAACGCAGCUAGAUCCAACCAGGAUGCGAUCCGUGGGAGCCAGGAGGAGAUCGCGGAGUACCGCCGUCAGCUCCAGAGCCGCACCAUCGAGCUGGAGACCCUCCGAGGAACCAAGGAGUCGCUGGAGAGGCAGCGGAUGGAGAGCGAAGACAGACACCAGGAUGAUAUCAACUCGCUCCAGGAGACCAUCAAUCAUCUGGACAAUGAGCUGAAAACAACCAAAUGGGAGAUGGCGAGCCAGCUGAGGGACUACCAGGAGCUCCUCAAUGUGAAGAUGGCUCUGGAUAUUGAGAUUGCUGCUUACAGGAAGCUGCUGGAGGGAGAGGAGAACCGUUUUGUGUGUGGUGGCACUCCGUACACCUACCUGGAGAGCAGGAUCUCAGGCCACGUCAAGGUAAAGAGCGAGGAGAUCUCCGAUACGGUGAUCGUGGAGGAGCAGACGGAUGAGACGCAGGUGACGGAGGUGACGGAAGAGGCAGAUGAGGAGGAGGAGGAGGAGGAAAAGAAAGAAGACGAAGAGGAGGAGGAUGAAAAAGAAGGCGAGGAAACCAAAGAGGAGGAGGAGGAAGGUGAAGAGGGAGAGGAGGAAGAAGAGAAGGAGGAAGAAGGAAAGGAAGAAGAGGAGGUGAAGGGUGAGGAAGAAAAGGAUGAGGAGGCGAAAGAAGAGAAAGAAGAAGAGGGUGAAGAAGAGAAAGCUAAAUCUCCUGCUGUUAAAUCACCUGAAUCCAAAUCACCUCAGAAAUCUCCAGAAUCCAAAUCUCCAGAACCCAAAUCUCCAGAAUCCAAAUCACCAGCAGCCAAGUCCCCCAUGCCCAAGUCUCCUGCCAAGUCCCCUGCAGGAGACGAAUCCAAAUCCCCUCCUAGUAAAUCCCCCGAACCCAAAUCCCCUGCUCCCAAGACCCCCGAACCAAAAUCUCCAGAAAAGGAGGCCGCUAAGCCGGUUGCUGCCAAAGACACCCCAAAGGAGGAGAAGAAGGAGAAGCCCCAGCCAGCCAAAGAGGAGCAGAAGGAGAAAGAGCAGCCUGCGAAGGAGGAGAAGAAGCAGGAGCCCAAGGAGAAAGAGCCAGAGAAGGCGGACAAACCCGAUGCGAAGAAGGACGAGAAAGCCAAGGUAGAAACACCGAAACCCGAGACUCCCAUCAAGACCGCUGAGGACAAACCUGCUCCAAAGCCCGAGCCCAAAGAGAGCGCUCCUCCUGCCAAAGAGGAGAAGCCCUCCGCUCCCAAACCGGAGAAACCAGAGCCUGAGGCGAAGCCUGAGAAAACUGAGAGCAAGGAGGAGAAGAGGCCUGACGAAAAGCCAGAGAAGACGGAAAGCAAGAAGGAGGAGAAGAAGCCUGACGAAAAGCCAGCGCCUAAGGUAGAAGCAGAGAAGACUGAAAGCAAGAAGGAGGAGAAGAAGCCAGAGGAGAAGAGUAAAGAGGAGAGUAAAGAGAAGAGUAAAGACGAAGCAAAGGCAGACAAACCUGAAAAGUCCUCCAGCACGGAGGAGAAGGAAACCAAGGAGGAGAAGGCCAAGAAGUAAGACUCAGCGCCGCGUUUCUACCUGUGGAGGAGAAGGAGAUGCCAAAGAACGGAGUAGGAGGGAGGGAGGGAGGAGAAGGGUGGAGAGCAGGAGGAAGGAGCUGGGCGUCUACCAGCUGAUAGGCAGGUAACAGUAUGAAAGCAAUAUUGAUUUCUGUAGCAAAUAACCCCACUGCUCCCCAAGAAUGGCCAUUACCCCCCCCCCCCCCCCCCCACCCCUGAAGCUUCUGAUGUAUGACUGAACGCAGAACGCUCUAAACUCCUCAUCUGAAUGUGACACCUGCCCUUAUACCGGAUAAUAAGUGCAUUUAAACUGAAUCCUGACGGGGCCGGCAGGACCCCGCUGUGCCCACACGCGCCUUCCCAGGGCAACAGAUGUCAAAACUAUGUCAAGCAGAUGAUUGUGAGCAACAUUGAAUAUAUAUAUAUAUAUAUAUACAUAUAUGUAUGUAUCACGUUUAUUAAAGGAGGCAGAAAUCUCUAUAUUGUAUUUACAGAUUAUUAAGUCAAGGAAGACUUGAAUUUUGCUCGUUUUGUGCACCUUAAUGCUGCUUCUCCAGACAGGUGAACGGUGGCGUCUCACUCUUCCGGUCUGCAAAUGCUAGGACAAUGAUGACUGUGCUAUGUAUAAACUGCUGAGGAUAUGCAAUAUGAAAACGUAAAUAAACAAGGAAAAAAAAAUACACAAA